CCCAAUCGGUUUGGGCCCUUAUCACGCGGCGCUAUGCGGAAGUGACGCGGGGCACUCCAAAGAGUUCAGCAUCUGGGAGCAAAACAACAGCCAGCUUCAUUUGAGUUGCCAUCGGGUCUUCAAAGAAGCCUAAUUUGCACACGGCAAUAACAUCUACCAGAUUUGGUGGCCAUAAUGAAUCCAGUGUACAGCCCUGCACCAACAGGGGUUCCCUUCACCAAUUCCAAGGGUAUAGGCUAUCCAGCUGGCUUCCCUGUUGGCUACGCAGCAGCUGCCCCAGCAUACACUCCUAAUGUCUACCAAGGAGCAAAUCCAGCCUUCUCAAGUGGUUACGCCCCUGGGGCUCAAUUCAAAAUGUCCUGUUCCCCAAACACCGGGACUGUCCCGCCGUACUCAUCCUCCCCAAACCCCUACCAAGCUGCUGUAUACCCAGUGAGGAGCAGCUACCCCCAACAUAACCCUUAUGCACAGGCGCUGAUACCUUCACAACAGCAAGGUACUUACUUCACACAGCCACUGUAUGCGGCACCGCCUCACGUGAUCCAUCACACAACAGUGGUCCAGCCCAAUGGGAUGCCCGCGGCCAUGUAUGCCCCAUCCAUCCCUCCUCCCCGCAACAAUGGGGUUGCUAUGGGGAUGGUAGCCGGCACCACUAUGGCCAUGUCAGCUGGAACUCUGCUGUCGACUCCAUCACCAGCGCCCGCCGCUCUCGCCCCGCACCCCGUCACCGUGCCCACAUAUCGGCCUGCCGGCACGCAGAGCUACAGCUAUGUGCCCCCGCAGUGGUGAAGUCCAAGCAGAGUGAGGUGUAUGAUAUGCAUUCACACUCCACUCCAGUGUUUUUUGCUCGCGGCGGUGGACCAACUCUGCCAGCAUCUGCAACCAGUUUGUCUUCUUCCAGUAUAAUGUGAAUCUGAAACCAUGUAGGUCCAUUAGGACAGGGAGAUGGGUCAGGCCCGUCUAUCCUCGAGUCUUAAUGGAAUUAGGCUUCAUUCCACGCCGCACCCCUACAAGCCUGUUGCAUAUCUCACAUCCAACGGCCUAAACCUCCAUGCAAUUGUUUAUGCAGGCUGUCAUGCAGAAUUUUACAGUUUUAAGUAGCUUGUGGUGAAAUUGGAGCUCGGAGUAGUUUGUCCCCACCUAUUUUGGAGAUGCGUCUGAUGUUGAAUGCAUGUUCUGUAUGUUGAUAUGUCAAGUAACGCUAGCGCAAUCGACCUGCUGUGACCGAUGCAAACUCCUUCAAAAGGAACACAUCCAAAGGACGUUAAAAGUAAUAAAUCUCCGAUGCUGACUUCCCAGUCACCCCAUCUUAAAUGUGAAACAAGAUGAGAAGUGUUCAUGCAAAAAAAAAUAAAAAUAAUAAUAAUAAAAAAUAGCAAAGUUGCACCGUUAUGUGCAGAACCAGCUGUUCUGUUUUCACAGCUUUGUGUUUAAUUAAGAUGACCUUGUUGGUUUUAUCUUAUUUCUUUCAGUGAUGCAAUAUGUGCAUUGUGUUUUACCGUGAGCGUAUUUUAGGGAAAGAGUGGGAUUUUAGGCUCUGGCUGAGUGUUGUUCCAACUCCGGCUGAAGCAGUUUUUUGGUUUGUCCUUGAUAUCUUUUUGGUGAUGUUAGCGGGAAGAGAAUUGAUCUGUUUUAGCCAGGCCACCCAUUAAUAGAGUGGAUACGCAGGAACCAUCGUGUGUGUGUGGGUGCGUUUAAAUUGGAGACUAUAAGAAAUUGUGUCAUACACGUCAUUGAAUUGUCUCAAUUAUUUUGUUCUUAAAGGUCUUAAACACUACACCACUGCUAACUACUAAAGUUAAAGUAACCCAUUACUAUUAAAUUCCAUUUGUGAAUAGCACUACUGAUGGAAAGCACCAAGUAAUUCUAAGCCGUUUUUGACAUUACUUGCAGAUGCAGCGUCGGGCUGACUCCUCACUAUCAAUGUCUCAUACUGGCUUUACUUAAGAUGUCACCUCGGUCACCUGUGUUCAGUAAUCUGUUUUGUACAUGUUAUUUUGGUUCUUGUUUUGUAUUCUAAAGAAAUGAGCAAAAAUAAAAAGGAAUAUAAGACUAAA